AUGACGGUGACCGACGAUAAAUUGCUCAAAUUGGAGGAGUUCGUGUACGAUGUCCAACGCACCAUCACUCCUCGUUGGUUGAGUCAUGAAUUGGGCAUUCCUCUUAUCGAAACGAAUAGCCUGUUGAAAAAAUUCGUCAAGAAUGAAGAAAAGAAAGCCCGCUGGAAAGACGUUAAAGUGAUCUUUGCCGUUACCGGCGAAUCAAAAACGAGUAGAUCCCAUUUUGAAGUUGCACUCGCUACAUCCGAAGAUGUUGACAAAGUCAAAGCCAGAUUCAGAAAUUGUGCUGCGGAAAUUUACUGCUUACAUCCAUCCCACGCAUCGGUGAAACCGACUGCAAGUAUACUGAACGCGAAUCAGGAGCACUUGUCCGAAUCAGUUUGUGAUCUUGGGAAAUACGAUACUAUCAGAUCAAAAAUUAGCAAACAACCACGAACGAACGAUGAAGUCGAAGAACUCCGAAAAGCAGCGUUCAAAACCUCAGAAUCUCUUGGCUUCAUUAAGAAUCAAGUAGCUUCUAAACCCACAAAAGCCAACAGUGAGAAAACCGUCAACAAGUCGACAGCAGUAAAAAACGAAGAAGUUGCCGUAACAAGAUCGUUUUCCGAUCCUAUUCAGAAGAAAACGUCGCCCACCAAGAAACCGACGAAUCCGAAAAACGCGCUUUCCGCGAUGUUUUCCAAGCAAGCAGAGAAGAACAAAACUGCUCCUCCGAAGCAAGCAAGUUUGCCAGUCGAAGUUGAAGUCACAGCCGAAGUGAAAGAGGAAGCGAUAUCUUUGCCUGAAAAUAAAAAAUCGGAAGAUAUUCCAAAACCCAGGGAAGCUCAAAAGAGGAAGCCUACGAAAGACAGUAAGGGAUCGUCAAAACCUCCCGCUAAGAAAAAGAAGGAAGAAACUAAGAAAACGCAACGGAAACGAAUUAUUGCCCUCCUGAGUGACUCAGAGGAGGAAUCCGAUGACGAAGCCAACGAUAAACGAUUGAGGGCCGAUGACGAAGAAGUCGUAACUGUACAAAAGCCGGAUCUUGAGAGUUCUGAUGAGGAGGAAGUUGUUCCUUCGACUCCCUUGCCUGCGAAAGAACCACGUCCAGCUUCAGGAAAGCACAAGGUCAAGCAGUGGGUCGAGAAAACUUUCUUGGAUGAUGAAGGGUUUAUGGUUACUGAAAAGGUAAUCGAAGAAAUCGAAAUAGACGAAGAUGGCACAGAAGAGACGGAAAGAACGUCUCCGAUAAAACCGCCGACGCCGAAGAAAGAGCAGAAAGAUGAGAAAGAAAAGGAAAACAAGGAAAAUACCAAGAAGAACGAAGAGAAAAGCCAUGGGAAAGGUCGACCAAAGAAACCUGUCGCCACAAGCUCCGGAAAACAGAGCUCAAUUAUGAAUUUCUUUUCAAAAGCAAAGUGAUGACAUUUUAGGCUUUUUCAUGAUCAAAAAUCCAAAUUCAAAAAUGCCGUGAGAUUUUUUUGUAAAAUUGUUUUUGAAUCAAUUCAUUUUCUUUCUUUGUGAUCAUCCGCUUUUCUGAAGCGGAGAAGUUGAACGAAUGACGGUUGGAUUUCUCCCUUAUCAAUAAUUUGAGUGUCGAACUUGCACCCAACCAGUCAUUAUUUUCGGAAGUGCCGUGCGCGUAAGAGCGCACCACUCCAAUUUUCUUCAAUAUCUUAUGUAUCUCUUGAACGAGAUUUCUUCUUUUUUUUUGCCAUUCUGUAACCGCGGGGUUUUCCGGGAUUGGUUUCAGUUUGCUGCCAGAAAAUGUCGGAGUUGGAAACAGCUCUUGGUCCCCUUCGAAAAGUUGCCUAUUGCAUGGGCUUUUCGUUCAAUACUUCGCCAGAAGGUCGGACUUUAUGCAGAAAAAUACGAUUCUUGAAUAAAUUUCGCCAGAUGCGAGGUAUCUUCGUUGUCCUGGCGAUUCUUACACAUAUUGUUUUCAUAACUCGUUUGGUCGUACUCCAAUACUUCGAGGACGGGAACAAAUUACGUCCUGCCAAUGUGUAUAAGCUGCCCAGUGUGGCCAAUGCUAUCUACGUGCUUGUAUGCGUGGGGCUCGUUGGGUUGAAGAAAAAAGAAUUUGCAGAACUAAUUGAUUCCUGCUCCACGAUUGAAAACAAGUUUACGCAAAGUCGGCGUGGGCAUAUUCAAAAUUUUGCCUGGAAGGUGUACAUUUUUCAGUUGCUGACUUGGAUGGUUCCGCUUGUAAGUUCCACCUUCUGUACUAGGAUAGAUAAGCGCGGAUUCCGUGUUUUUGUUGCCACGUUCGCCUAGAACAUGUGGAAGAAAUUAAAACGUUGAAGCAUGCUUGUGGACUUCCUCAAUGA